UCCGCCUCGUCUAAUGAAACUGAGUCCGUCUCCCGCUCGCGGAAUUGUUGUAGCAGCACGUCCCUCGACGCACUCCCCAACCUACGAAGCGCUCCUCCGCGCCGGGCCCCGCCUCCGCCCUUUGCAGCAGGUUCACGCUCGCAUCGUCGUCGUCGGCCUCCACCGCACCCGCUCCCUCGUCACCAAGCUCCUCACCCUCGCCCUUUCGUCGUCCUCCUCCGCAUCCGUCGCGGCCUACGCCCGCGCGCUCUUCCUUUCAGUACCCGACCCGGAUGCCUUCCUCUUCAGCUCCUUCAUCGCAGCCGCUGCAAGAUCCGGACGUCCUGCCGACGCCAUCGCCUUCUACCGCCGAAUGUCCGCCGCCGGGUUUGAUCCUUCGAAUUACACCUUCACCUCCGUCGUCAAAGCCUGCGCCGAUCUCGCCGCGUCCAGGACUGGCCGAGUUGUGCACUCGAGGUCCCUGGUCGAGGGGUUCGAGUCCGAUGGGUUCGUUCAGACGGCGUUGGUGGUUUUCUACGCCAAGUCGGCGAACUUGCACAUUGCACGGAAGCUAUUCGACAGAAUUCCUAAGAGGACCGUCGUUGCUUGGAACGCGAUGAUUGCUGGGUACGAACAGAACGGGCUCGCCGAGGAAGCUGUUGUCACCUUUCGAAAGAUGCAGGAGGCAGGCGAGGAGCCGGAUUCAACCACUCUGGUGAGCUUGCUGUCUGCUUGCUCUCAUAUCGGAGCCUUCAAUCUUGGCCAGUGGGUGAAUGACUAUAUAGAACACAAAGGUUUGAAGGUCAAUGUGGUCCUUGGCACUUCACUAAUCCACAUGUAUGCUCGGUGCGGACAUGUAGAAAAGGCUCGAAAGGUGUUCGAUGAAAUGCCAGAAAGAAACAUAGUUACUUGGACCGCAAUGAUGUCAGGGUAUGGGAUGCAUGGACAUGGACAGCAAGCGAUCGAACUCUUUCAGCAGAUGAGAUUAAGUGGUCUGUUGCCCAAUGAUGUAACAUUUGUAGCGAUCCUAUCUGCUUGUGCACAUGCAGGACUCAUAUGCGAGGGACGGGAGGCCUUUGUGUCUAUGAAGCUAGACUACGGUCUGGUGCCGCGGGUGGAGCACCAGGCUUGCAUGGUGGACAUGCUCGGCCGAGCUGGGCUCCUGGAUGAAGCAAUGCGUUUCAUAAGGAUAGACAUGGAAGGGAAGGCAAGCGCCGAAGUAUGGACCGCCAUGCUCGGGGCCUGCAAAAUGCACAAGAACUUGAGACUUGCAACAAUGGCGGCGGAGCAACUUCUUGCUAUCGAACCUGAGAAUCCUGCACACUAUGUUCUGCUGUCGAACAUAUAUGCGUCGGUUGGCAGGAUGGAUCAGGUGGAGAAGAUAAGAGACUUAAUGAUCGACAGGCAAUUGAUGAAACAAAUCGGGUAUAGCUCGAUAGAGAUUGACGAAGUGCCCUAUGUCUUCCGCAUGGGAGAUGCAUCUCACCGACAGACCAUGGAAAUCUACAGGUAUUUGGAUGGAUUGAUGGAUAAGAUCAAGGAAGCAGGCUAUUUGCCGGAAACUGGUGCGGCAUUGCACGAACUGGAGGAAGAGGAAAGGGAAGUUGCACUCAGAUUCCACAGCGAGAAGUUGGCCGUGGCAUUUGGGCUCAUGACUACCUCUCAGAGUACAAUCAUUAAGAUUUUUAAGAACUUGAGGAUGUGCGGCGAUUGCCAUUCAGCUUUCAAGUUCAUAUCGCUUGUGUCGAGGAGAGCAAUUGUUGUCAGAGAUAACCGUCGGUUUCAUCAUUUUGAACAGGGCUUUUGUUCUUGUCAAGAUUAUUGGUAAUAGAGCAUGCAUCUUACACCAUCGUUAACAUGGUCGAUGGACAAAAAUCAUUUGAAAAGCUGCACAGACGAGAUGAUAAAUAGUGGAACUCACAUCAACCUUUUUGUACAAGUCAACAAUACGUUGUUUUCUCAUUCUCCAUCGUGGACGCUUCACAGUCCAUUAAACAAUUGCUUCCCAAAUGAACUGCAAGGGUGAAUUAGUGGUCUCAUAAACUCUGUUUUCUGCGGACAGCCAAGCACUAACUGGAUCCAAUCCACCACCUCAGUUAAAGUUUUUGUUCUAGAUCCUAUCCAACUACUUUCUCUUUCUCGACAUGACGGGCGCUCGGGCGUUGAGCCGCACGAGCUCAGGCGACGUCCGCAUCGGCGGUGGCCGAGGCGGCGUUGGAUUCUGCGGCCGCAACUUUUGCUUCGCCGCCUUCAUCCUCGCGGUUGUCGUCUUAACCGUCCUCGUCUCCAUCUACCAGCCUGCCGAUCCACUCCUCCGACCCCCCGCCGCCGCCUCCCAGCUCACCUCCUUCCUCGCUUCCACCUCCAACGCAACUUUCCUCCCCGACGGCUCGGUCCUCCGCACGGGCGAAGACUUCCUCAAUUCCUCUUCUUCCGCUGCCGCUCCAUUCAUUGGCAUAUCCGACAUCAACUCCAGCUCGUCCAAUGGCGCCGCCGUCGUCCCCGCCUGUGACCCCGCUGCCCCUAUCGACUGCGGAGACCCGGAGCUCUUCCACCUUCUGAUGCGGGCUGCCAUCGAGGCCCUCCCGGAUCUCCACUUCUACCGCUUUGGAAAGCCGGUGGCUGUCGCCGGGGACCCGGGGUCCUGCGACAUUGAUUGGCGGUUCCGUCCUAAGGACGCCGUCCAACCCAUGCUCUAUAAAGACUUCCGCCGCUUCCACCUGAGCCGAUCCCCAAAUUGCGCCGUCUCCGUCUCCAAGAUCGAGGCUUUUCACUCGGGCAUAGGCGCCCGCAAAAAGGCCGAUGAGGCGGCCAACGCGACAGAGCUUGUUGUCGGGGAGCCGCUCGAAGAUUCCCUCCCGGCAGUCAUUUCCGAGGCUGCUUUCGCUGCAGGCCGAUACCUCUUGUACGCGGGCGGCGGUGACCGCUGCAAGAGCAUGAACCACUACCUAUGGAGCUUCCUCUGCGCACUAGGCGAAGCGCAGUUCUUGAACCGAACUCUGGUCAUGAACAUGGACCUUUGCCUCUCCUCAAUGUACACCGGAAGGGGCCAGGACGAGGAAGGCAAGGACUUCAGGUUCUACUUCGACUUCGAACGCUUGAAGAAAUCUGCUUCGGUGAUAGAGCAGGGCCAUUUCUGGACCGAAUGGGGGAAACGGCACAAGCAGGACGGGUUAAAACUCUACUAUGUGGACGACAUCAAGGUCAUGCCCAUGUCGCUCGUCGGCGUCAACGACUCAUUGAUCAUGAGGCAGUUCAGCGAGGUCGAGCCGGAUAACUACUGGUACAGAGUGUGCGAGGGCAAGACGGAGUCCGUCAUCCAACGACCAUGGCACCUCUUGUGGAAGUCCCGGAGGUUAAUGGACAUAGUGUCUGCUAUCACGUCGAGGAUGAACUGGGACUUCGAUUCGGUUCACCUCGUAAGAGGGGAGAAGGCGAAGAACACCGAGAUCUGGCCCAACCUCGCUGCUGAUACUUCACUGGAGAAGCUUCUUGUUACGCUCAAGGAUAAGGUUGAGGAGGGAAGGCAGUUGUACAUUGCCACCAGGGAGCCUGAUACUUCCUCGUUUGAGCCUUUGAAGGAGGCGUAUUCAACAUACUUCCUUGAUGAUUUCAAGGACUUAUGGGAUGAGAACAGUGAGUGGUAUUUAGAGUCCAAGGAGCUCAAUAAUGGUGUUCCUGUGGAAUUUGAUGGCUACAUGAGAAUUGAGGUGGACACUGAAGUGUUCUUGAGGGGGAAGAAGCAAUUGGAGACUUUCAAUGACCUCACCAGUGAUUGCAGGCAUGGUGUUCAUACCUGUUGAUUGUUUUUCAAUGAGAAUUGAGAACCAGGAUGGCAAGCAUGGGUUUUAAACCUGAACAAGUUGAUUCCACACUAGCACAGACAGAAAGUAUGUAAAAGCUUUCUUGAUCUUUUAUAAUAGUUGCUCUCAUAUCAGUCUCUGCAAAUUAUAUAAGGUUUUCUUGUCAUCCAUGUUCUUUAAAUCAUUCUAAUGUACUACUUGCAGAAUCAUUCUGCUCUA